GAAACAGCUGCGUUGAUUGAUGUAAUUUUUAAGGGUUGAUCUUGAUUAUCAAAGGGUUGAUUGAGUAUAUUAUAGUGUCAAAGAUAAAACUUCUUUUGUUUUAAAAAUAAAAAAAAAAAAGGGUUGAUUGAUCAAAGAAACAAACUGUCAAAAUAUAAACGAGGGUUGUUUUUUUUUUCUAGAUUUAUUUAUUUUGUGUUAUCGAUAUGUGAAUUUAAUACUUUAUAUUAUAUUUAUGAUCUAUUUUUAUUCUUUUGAAAACUGCGUCCUCAAUGAUAAGUCGCGGAUGCUGAGAGGGGGGGUCAGAAUGAAUGUGUGUGCUUGAAAAAUAUAUACAAGUGAACUAGACGAGGGUGGAUCUCCCGCAAUGUGUAGUGACACGCGAGAUUUUACAGGAAGAGUUAAAUGAAGUGGAAUUGAGGAGAUAAAGUCACCUCUUCAUUAAGUGAAAUUGUUAAAUUUCAAAUGAUAUAUCUUUAAUUUAAUUUUUUGUUAUUAUUUUUGUGCUUAAAUUAUUGUUAUUAAACUUUUUAUUUAUUUAUUUACAUCAUUUCAUUUAUAAAUUUAAUAAUAUUUUUAUUUUUUUUUAUUUCUUUACAUUACCUGUUAUUGGCAUUUGAUUAAGCGUGAAAUAAAAUAUUGACUAUCUGAAAUCUUGCUGUUUGAUUGAGCCCUGAAAUUAAUGGAAAAAAAAAAAAUUAAAGCGGGAAAAAUCUUGAGCUUUUCUUCAAGGGUCUAAAUAUUUCCACUUGAAUUUUUUAAACUCUUUUUUUUUUUUUUUAAUCGAACGUCGAUCGAGGUCAAUUCACUUGAUGCUCAUUUCAUUAAAUUACUUUUUUAUUUAUUUUUUUUUAAAGACAUCUUAUUUUUACACAAUCUAAUCGAAAAAUUAAUAAUCUUGCAUUAAUAUAAAAUUAAUUUUCAAUUGAAAAAUCUUAAUAAUUUUCAAGGUUGGCAAUAAAAAAUUAUACAAAAGUAUCAUUAAACAAAUAAAAUAAAAAAAAUAAAUAAAUAAAAUAAAGGGAGAGUAUUGGUAUCAUUGACAACAUCCAGUGUAUAUAUUUAAUCCUUGAAAUGAGCUGUAUAAAAAUGUAUAACAAUUGCAAUAUAAUCACACAAGUUCAUGAUAGGCCAAUGUAACAAAGUAUUUGUGAUAUUAUGAUAGUAAAAUUGUUGCAAUAGACAGGAAGGUAUAUAUAAUAGGGGAUAUAAUCCAACAUAUAUUCAGUCAAAUUUAUAUAUGAGUGAGUGUUUAGAUUUGCCUACAGGUUUAAUUCACGGUAUAUAUAUAUAAAACAAGGUGGCACAGAUUUAAAGACCCCCAUCACAUCCUCUUUUUGACGGCUAUCAGUUUCCUCUUAUUUCAUUUAUUAUUUAACAAAAAAAAUUAAAUUUCAGAAUGUCAUCACGUUGACUAUAUUUGAGUUGUAAAAAAAUUUAAAAAAUAAGAAAGGUAAAAAUUUAAAUAUAUUAUAUAGAAAUUAAAAAUUUAUAAUAUUUUUUUUUAAUUAAUAAAGGAUAAAUUAAUGAUAUUGUUUAUAAUUAAACGAUAUAUAUUUUUGACUCAUUUGUUGGCCUUUGGGGAUUUAAAAAAAAAUAUAAAUAAAAUAAAAUAAUAAACUGUCAUAGAGGAAGUAGAGGCUGUGUGUUCCACUGUCAACGAAGAAUAUGGAAGCCCCCUCGGAACUAUUGCCAUUAUCAGGAGAUGAUACAAAAGCAACAAUAAAUAAAAAUAUAAAUUUACAAAAAAAAUCAUGUAACAGAACAAGUAAAAAUAAUCCAGUUUAUAAUUUUUUAAAAAAUAAUGCUCUAACAUUUAUGACUGUGCUUGGUGUAUUUACUGGUAUUGUUGUUGGUUUAACACUUCGACAUUCACGUGCUGAACGUUGGAAUGAACGUGAAAUAAUGUACAUCAAUUAUUUAGGUGAAUUAUUUUUGAGAAUGCUUAAAUCAUUGAUAUUACCAUUAAUAAUUGCUAGUUUAAUAUCAGCAAUUGGAUCAUUGGAUUUAUCAUUGAGUGGUAAAAUUGGUGCACGUGCAAUUGUUUAUUACAUGACAACAACAGUCAGUGCAGUUAUUCUUGGAAUAAUACUUGUGAGUAUAAUAAAGCCUGGUUCAGCUCAAGAAAGUCUUGAACAAACUGGAGUUGAUGAUUCAAGACCAACAUUAACAACAGACACACUGAUGGAUCUUGUUAGAAAUAUGUUUCCACCAAAUCUCGUUGCAGCAUGUAUCAGUCAAACUCGUACUAUUUUAAUUGAUCCAAAAAAUCUAACAAUUGGAAAUGAUUUAAAUCAGUGGAAAAUAAAACAAGAAGAAUCACCUGGUAUGAAUGUCUUGGGCUUAGUUGUAUUUGCAACUGUUUUGGGUAUAACACUUGGAAAAAUGAAGAACGAAGGAAAACCAUUGUUAAAUUUUUUUGAAUGCAUGUCAACAGCAAUGAUGAUUAUAACCAACUGGGUAAUUUGGCUAUCACCAGCUGGUGUACUAUUUUUAGUUGCAUCAAAAGUAAUUGAAAUGAAAUCAUUUCAAGUUAUACUUGGACAAUUAGGAAUGUAUUUUAUGACUGUAUUAAUUGGUUUAUUUUUUCAUGGUUUUGUUGUAUUACCAAUAAUAUUUUUUAUAAUGACUAAAAAAAAUCCACUUGUUUAUUUAAUUAAUAUGACACAAGCUGUUGCAAUGGCAUUUGGUACAUCAUCAAGUUCAGCAACAUUACCAGUUGCAAUAAAUUGUCUUGAAACACGUAAUGGAAUUGAUCCAAGAGUAGCAAAAUUUGUAAUGCCAAUUGGUGCAACAAUAAAUAUGGAUGGUACUGCACUUUAUGAAGCUGUUGCUGCAAUAUUUAUUGCACAAGUACGAGGAAAAGUAUUGAGUUUUGGAAAUAUUGCUGCAAUAAGUAUAACAGCAACUGCUGCUAGUAUUGGAGCUGCUGGUAUACCACAAGCUGGACUUGUUACAAUGGUUAUGGUUUUGGAUACUGUUGGUCUUCCAUCAACUGAUGUCACUCUUAUCAUUGCCAUUGAUUGGCUCUUAGAUCGAUUUAGAACAGCAAUAAAUGUCAUUGGUGACUCAUUGGGUGCUGGUAUUGUUAAUCAUAUGAGCAAAGAUGAACUUGAUGCAAUGCCUCAUUAUACUGCACAAAUGCAAAAUAACACUGAACGUCAUCAUUCAACAUCAAUAUGAGCUAUUUCAUUUACAAUAUUUAACGACAAUAAUUCGAGCCAUAUUUUGGCAAUUAAUAGGUGAUUUAAUAAUUUAUUUCGAAUGAUUAAAAAUAAUAAUUAUUAUUAUACAAUAAAUGACAGUCGACAGAUAAAUAUAUAGACAUAUAUUUUUUAUUUUUUUGUCAUUAAUAUUUGGCAAAUUUUCUUCACCAUUCAAGUGUGUUCUAGCAAAAAAUUUAUUUAUAUUUUUUAAAAAUCCUUAUUUUAAUUUCAAAUAUUUUUCGAAAUUAUUUUCAACAAUUUAUGCAAUAAUCAUUUAGAUUAUUGGUUAAACAAAAAAUUAAAAAAUUAAAAUUACAAACAACGAAGAGAAUAAACUGAUGAAAAAUAAAACAGGUACUUUUGUUUAUAUUUUUUUUUUGUUUUUAUUACAUAAUUUAUUAUGUAUAUUUAUUGUAGACGAAUUUUAAUUAAUUCAUAGUAUUAUAAUUAAUAAAUAACGCUGAAGAGAAAAAAAAAAGAAAUAAUAAAACCAAAACAAUAUAUCAUAUUUACCAAAUUAAAAAAAUACAAAAACUAUUAGUUAAUAUAAAAUAAUAAUAAUAUAAAUGUUUAAAAAAAUUGUUUGUUCAAAUUAAAUAUAAAUUAAUAAUAACGUCCAAUUAAUUAUUGUUGUGUGAAUUUUUAAAAUGAAAUAGAAAACUCAUCAAGAAAAAAAAAAAAAAAAUUGACAUCAAUAAAAAAACUAGAUUAUAUUUGUUGUUGUAAAAAAAUAAAUAAAUAAAUAAAUAAAUGUAUAAAAUAGUUGUAUUAUUGUUUAAAAAAAAAAAAUGUCAAUUUAAAAAAAAAAACAUGAUAAAAGAUAAAAUUGAAUAAAGAAUAAAGAAUAAUUUGUGUUGUUAUUUUAAAAUUAAAAAAAAAAUAAAAAGAAUGAUAAUGUUGAUAACUAGAUAAAGAAGAAAUAACAAUUAAAAAUAAUAAA